CCUCCUAACGAUUUUAAUGUACUUUUUUCAUGUGUCGUCAGGUGGAUUCGAGCAUGGCUCUUAUAAAUUAUAAUGGUUAAUUAAUUUACAAUUCGAACGCGGGGCGAAUGCUAGUAUUUAAUGAAAGGAAAUAAAGUUUUUCACCACUCUGCUGCACUAAACUAAAGAGGCGCGUAGGUACCAUCUUAGACCACAUUAGAUUAGCUUUACAUCAGGCGAGAUGGACAAGCGCUUCCGUAUAGAUACGGUAAUUAUUGCUCUUAGGUAAAACGCUUGUCCAUCUACAGUACAGCUACAGUAAAAAAAAAUCUGAAGAUUACAUUUUUAACUUGACACCAACUUGUCACGGCAAAAAGACUUCGCUCAUUGCCAUAAUUGGAAAAAAAAAUCCAUGAUAGUUAAACGUCAAAUGUCAAUGUCAAGUUAAUGUUAAAUCGAUAUCGCGGUGUUGUGUUGUUAAAUGAAUGUGGAAUAAAUAAAAACAAAAUUGAGCAAAUAAAAAAUGCUUAUGCGAGAAAGUUAGUAAAAAGCUUACUGAAUAAAACACUUACAAGUUGCACAAAAUGACCUCAGAUACUCUAACAGUUGCUCGACGGAAACUAAACGAAACUCUAGGGGAUAAAUCAACAAAAUAUUACAACCACAUGAAACAAUGGUUUCGAAUGAAACUUACAAAGGAAGAGUUCGAUAUGGAGGCUCGUGCUAUGUUAACAUCAGAACAAAUACAUUUCCAUAAUGAUUUCUUGCUGGCUCUACUUAAUAAAGUCGAGGGUCUAGCUGAAACAUCGAUAACCAUUGCUCAAGAGAAGGCUAUCUCACAUAAUAGGAAUAGUAGACGGCAUAAGAGAACGUCGAGAACCUCCGAAAAGUCAAACUUUGAACCAGCUGACUUAUUGGAAUAUCUUCCACCAAAUUCCCCUCCGGGCGCGGGAAGCGAUGGCGUGAAGUACGCAGCUCAGGAGAUAUUCCUACCAGACCACGCUCUAGUAGUGGGACGAUUCAUGCUUGCAGCCUGGGAACUAGGUCUUGAAGGUGCUGACGAUGAAGCAGCAGAUCUCAUAGUAACCGCAGUACAGAACUUCCUUAAAAACGUCAUAAGUGCAGUGGUAUCUCAACGAAAGGGUUACAAGUUGAGAAAUAGGCACUUUAUGUAUGAUGUUGGUGGAGAUAUGCCCAACAUGUGGUUGAGGGGUACCAACAAGUUGUAUGACCCUCAGCAUGAAGGCAGAGUGAUUGUGGAUGAUGGUGUGGAUGCUUUGGGACCAAGGUGCCCACCUACGAUUGAUGAAGUUGAACACUCGGCGGCUUUUGAAAUUGCUUGCAGCUCCACAGACACAGAAGCGAAUGACGAAAAAUUAACAAUAGAUGAGUUUUACAACACUCUAUUGGUCCACAAGAACGUAAUAGCUUGUCAUUCUGUGUAUGCAGUAAAUAUGGAAAGGUUGGCUAUCAUGCUAAACCAUCCUAGUUAUUAGGUCAUAGGUUUUUGUAGGUUUUCUGAACUAGUAAAAUGUGUAUGUGGUAGACUGUAGAGCAUAGAUGAUCCUAUAAUUAAAUAAAUUGAAAAGUAAGAUGUUAAUAAUUGUGUUCGGAAAAUGUCCUAUACUAAGCUGUUCAUCAUAGGACUCACUUUCAUGUCAGGAUACCGUUUAUAACUCAAAAUUUAACCUCUUUCAAUUUUGUAUUUUAUAAUCUUUGAUGAAACAAACUUUUAUCAAAAAAAAUAUUGCAGAUAAAGUGGAUGUACUUAUAUUUUAUUUUUCCCUGUGAUUUUAUAUCUUCUUGUGAUUCUUGCAUAUUUGUAUAAACAUAACAUCAACAAGCUACAAUAGUUGAAAAUAUUUCUACUUUUAAGUCAAGCGAAAAAUCAUUUAGAUAAAUAAUACAAGUCAUAAUCUUAAUUUAUCUUGUCUAUAAGCUGUAAAUAAUAAUUAUGUUAUGUAUAUGUGAUGUUAAAAAUCGAAUUAAGUUUUAUCUCAG